CCUUGCGGAGAGAGCCGUUGCCAGCUGUGAGGGCCGUGGGCAUGGGGCCUGCAGACAUCAUGAGCGUGGGCUUUAUCGGGGCUGGCCAGCUGGCCUUUGCCCUGGCCAAGGGCUUCACAGCAGCAGGUGUCCUGGCCGCUCACAAGAUAAUGGCCAGCUCCCCAGACACGGACCUGGCCACAGUUUCUGCCCUCAGGAAGAUAGGGGUGAACCUGACACCCCACAACAAGGAGACAGUUCAGUAUAGCGAUGUGCUCUUCCUGGCCGUGAAACCACACAUCAUUCCCUUCAUCCUGGAUGAGACUGGCGCUCACACCAAUGACAGGCACCUUGUGGUGUCCUGUGCAGCUGGUGUCACUAUCAACUCCAUUGAGAAGAAGCUGACAGCAUAUCGAGCAGCCCCCAAGGUCAUCCACUGUAUGACCAACACCCCGGUUGUGGUGCGGGAGGGGGUCACCCAUGCCCAGGAGGGGGAUGCCAGGCUCCUGGAACAACUGCUGAGCAGCGUGGGCUUCUGUACAGAGGUUGAGGACGACCUGAUUGAUGCUGUUACGGGGCUCAGCGGCAGCGGCCCUGCCUGUGCGUCCACAGCGCUGGAUGCCCUGGCUGAUGGUGGCGUGAAGAUGGGACUUCCAAGGCGCCUAGCAGUGCUCCUGGGGGCUCAGGCCCUUCUGGGAGCUGCCAAGAGGUUACUGGACUCAGAGGAGCACCCAGGCCAGCUGAAGGACAAUGUCUGCUCUCCUGGUGGGGCCACUAUCCACGCACUGCACGUACUGGAAAGUGGGGGCUUCCACUCCCUGCUCCUCAAUGCUGUGGAGGCCUCUUGUACCCAUGCAUGGGAGCUGCAGGCCAUGGCUGACCAGGAGACAGUCUCACCCGCCGCCAUCAAGAAGACCAUCCUGGACAAGGUUAAGCUGGACUCCACUGGAGGAACCUCCCUGUCUUCAGGCCAUGCCAAGCUAUCAGCCCACACCCUGGCCCCAGCAGGGCAGGACUGACCCGCCUGGCUGCCUGCUUCUUCUCUUCACUUGUCUUGCUUUCCUUCUAAGAUGCUGUCAUACCAUGUCACCCAACUUCUGGGCUCAGUGGUCUUCCUGCUCAGGCUCCUCGGUGCUAGGACUACACUGUGUGCCACCACACCUGGCUGUGCUCUCUGCCUUCUCCUCUCUCGGCUCAAGGUAUCUCUUCUCUUAGCCCAGGGCCACACACAGCUGAGGCUGAAGUCAGGGAGAGGCACAUGACAUACCCUGGGGACCUUUAUAGUCCCUGAGUGCAAGCCCAAUCAUUCUAGGGUUGGCUUCUUGG